AGCUCACAUCAAUGCCCAGAGACGUUGAAUUUCAAACGGUGAAUGUUCGGUAUUUGCAUACCAAGUGUCGGGUACCCGAUCUCGUACCUACCGAGAUGACGUUAUGCCAUGAGCGCUUUAGUGGGGCAAUGUUGUCGCUCGGGUCAAGCUUGCUGAAGCUUCUACGCCUCAGUCUGAUCCAACAACUCACAACCAACCUAAAUACCCAACCCUCCUCGCCUCGAAUCUCCCCAAUUGACCUUUACAGUCGCUCCCUACACGCAGAAUGUUCGCCAGAUCAGCAUUCCGGGCCGCCCAGCCCCUCAAGCGCACUAUCCUCUCUACACGCUCGUACGCGACCGAGCCCGCCAAGGGCGGUUCUAAUGCCGUUGCGUAUGCCGCUGCGGGCGCGCUCGGCGUUGGCGGUGUCGGCUAUUACUUCCUGAACACGCCAGCAGGUGCCAAGGUCGAGAACAAGGUGAAAGAAGAAGCAAAGAAGGUCACCGGCCCGCCGAAGACGGCUUUCACUGGUGGCGACCAGGGCUUCGUCUCGUUGCUCCUCAAGGACGUCGAGAUCAUCAACAGCAACACCAAGAGGUUCAUCUUCCACUUGCCCGAGGAUGACAUGGUUUCGGGUCUGCACGUCGCCAGCGCGAUCCUGACCAAGUACGUUCCCGAGGGUCAGAAGGCUGUCCUGCGGCCAUACACCCCCACUAGCGACGAAUCUGCCAAGGGAUACAUUGAGCUCAUUGUGAAGAAGUACCCCGACGGCCCCAUGUCAACCCACCUACACGACAUGGUUCCUGGUCAACGUCUUGACUUCAAGGGCCCUCUGCCCAAGUACCCAUGGGGUCCCAACAAGCACGAACACAUUGCUCUGAUCGCCGGUGGUACUGGCAUCACCCCGAUGUACCAACUAAUCCGGGCUAUCUUCAACAACCCUGAAGACAAGACCAAGGUGACACUUGUUUUCGGUAACGUGACAGAGGAGGAUAUUCUGCUGAAGAAAGAGCUCGCUCACAUCGAGAACACAUACCCACAGCGCUUCCGCGCCUUCUACGUCCUUGACAACCCACCUAAGGAAUGGGCCGGCAACAAGGGCUACAUCACCAAGGAUCUUCUGAAGACGGUUCUUCCUGAGCCCAAGGAGGGCAACAUCAAGAUCUUCGUUUGUGGACCACCGGGCCUAUACAAGGCUAUCUCCGGAACCAAAGUCAGUCCCAAAGACCAAGGCGAACUGUCCGGUGUCCUGAAGGAAUUAGGUUAUACGGAGGACCAGGUUUACAAGUUCUAAACAAGAUAAAAAGCCUCAUCGAAUUGGGCAUAUGCGAUACUCACGUUGUAGAUUAGAAGGUAUUUAGACACCCGUGUAAAGAAAAGCGCGCGACUUUGAAGCCGAGAAAGCUUUCGAAAUUACCCAAUGCAUUCAGCUCGACCGUGCUUAGAAACAUAUGCCUUGUGGUCGGUUGUUAGUUAUGUCAUGGAAUAGAAUAUUAUUAUCGUGUCAUGCAGUCUUGUGUUGUGCUGCGACCAUCGCAUAUGGAAUGCAUGUGAUCUCGGUCCCGUUCCCGAACUCACCUCAACGCAGGUCGUGGUUCAAGUACAGCAGUGAAUAAGUUGAGUCAACACUCCAUUAGCAUUUUAGUUCAGGAAAGAGAGUGCGAGCUCAUCAAGGCGUGUAAUGACAUGUGAAGAAGUCCAAUUCAGAUCACAUUUCACCGUGACUCAUACGCUCCAGUGUUGGGCUCGUCAUCGCAAAAGAGCCGCUUCUCGACUUGACUAGGCAGGCAGGGAGGUGGGCAGGCCAACAGGGGAUAUACCGAUUGGAUCUAGAUGUCGUAGAUUCAAGGCAGAAAGAGAUCGUCGGUGUUCUC